AUGCCUCAUUCCGAACCCUUUGAACACCCUGCUCCUCCUCUUCAUGAUGCUUCUUCUGAUCAAAUCAUUGACACGAAAAGCAGCAUUCAUUCUCAAACCUUCUCCUCAUCUUCACAAAACGCCUAUACCAUUGAAGAUCUACUCAAAGAUUGUGAGAGAAUUCUUCAUACUCAAUAUGGCAUUAAACCAACAUCACCGUUUCGAGAUGUCAAAUAUCCCUUACUCAAAGAAAUUUGGGAAACCAUUGGAAGAUAUUUGUAUCAACAGUUGGAACAUGUCAAAUCUGUCAGUGUAAACAAUAUUGGAAGAUUUUCAUUUCUGACAUCUCUACUUCAUACAGGAAACAAUGGAGUAAUUGAAACAAAAAAGGUUGUAUUUGUAAUGAAUGAAGCUUUUGCGAGAGAUUUUAAUGUAAAAUUAAGAAGAAAUUAUCGAAAAUUUGUAGAUAAUUCAAUACCAACGAUUGAAGUUAAUUAUUUCCUUGUUGCUCAGAAAUGUUGUACAACGAAAGAAGUUGUUCUUUUUGUAAUGAAAUUAUUAAGAAGUAGAUUGGGAGAGAUCAUGUCAGGAGGAAAGAAAGUACGAAUUGAAUUUUUUAGUGUUGGAAGUUUGAAAUGUGAUAAAAGAAUUGUCUCAGAUUUUGAAUUUGUGGAUUCACUGAAAAAACCAAUCACUCAAAAACAUUCAUCAAAUUCAUUAGGAGAAGAAAAGAGAGUGAUGGGAUCAUUUAUUUCAAACAACAGAAUGACCUCUCAAGAAGAUUUACAAUUAUUGAAAAGGAAUCCAAUAGGUCUGCAACAACAAGAACAGCAGUUCAAUUCAAAGAAAUCUAAUUCUUCUUCUUGGAGAAACAUGAUCUUUACAUCACAACAACCUAUCAACCAUCAUCAUCACCACCAUCGACAUGGACAACCAAUGAAUGAUGAUACCAUUUCAGUAGCGCAUUCUUCCAUAUCCAAUCGAACCAAUGAGUCCUCCAUUAAGAACCACCACCACCACCAAUCAUUACAACCUCAACCACCACCUCAACCUCAACAACAUCGACCUACAACAUCCUCCACUUACUCAUCUCUAUCUCCUAGGCAACUUCCAAGAGGUAAUGCAUUCAAUGUUGUGAGAAGUUUACAGACCUGUGAAACUCAAAGGUCGAACGAAAAAUCAAACCAUUUCCAAAAAGAACAUUCUUGGAGGUCCACCAACGGUGAUUUUGUUUCAAAAGAGUUCAUGCAUCCUCCAUGCCAUUAUGCCUCACGAGACCCUCCUGAUGGAAACAUCCAUUCCAUGACAGAAUUGAUGAAUCACCAAUUUUCAGCAGCAGUUAACUAUGGACCACAUGAAAAUGGUUUUAGACAACCCAAUGCACAAGCUGCUAAAACAGUCAUGAAUUUAGCAGUUCAGAGAUAUGCUCAAGAGUUAGAGUCUGCACGAAGAGAACAACAGCAGGAUUUGGAUCAGUUCUAUCGACAGCUCAUUCACAACGUUUGUGUCAGUGAAGAGUUGAGAAGAAGAAAACGUGAAGAAGCACAACAGGUUCAAACACAACUCGUUCAACAAAUGCAACAAGCUUUGAUGCGAAAAGCAAGUGAUGAUCAAACAUAUUCCAAUUAUUUCAAUAAUGAAGAGGACUCUGACUUGGAAACGAACAAGAAUGGUCUCCUCAUGGGAUUCAAAAAGAGUGCACGAGGAGGAUCAAAAGAUACAAACGCACCAGCCAACACACAUGUAAGGUCUUCUCUUCCUUCAAAGAUGACAAAUGUCAUGCAUCGAGUCUAUCCUUAUCUUUCCUUGGAUGAACAGAAUCCUUUACAACAGGGACUUCACAUUCCCGACAGAAUCGAGUUGAAAAAUUACUUUGAAGAGACAGUUCGUAGUAAAUAA